AUGGAUCUUCAAGCGGUCAUUUAUGACUCACUCAACCAGGGAAGGGCGAUUACAGUUUCCCUUCCGGGAUAUUCUUACGGGACUGUUGUGGAUCAUUAUCAAAAACCGAAUAUUAAGAAUUUCUGGGCUGAUAUUAAAAAACAACUGAAAAAAAUGAAUGCUUUGCAAACGUAUGAAUGUCGAACUAAGAUCAAACAAAAGUCACAGGUGAUGAUGGUGGACUUGGCUGAUGAAACAGUCUUAGAAAGUCGAGAUAAAUUGAACAUAUCAGAUCACGAGGAGGUGAUUGAAGAUCAAGAGGUGUGGGAUGCGACCGAUAAUAAAGUAGAAGAGGCGAAGAAAAACAAAACGGGACCAAUUAAAUUAAGCGAAGAAAAUAGAAAGGGGGUUGACGAAUGUUACAAGUUAAUGGAUAGACGAUACAUGUGGAAACUUUCGUCGGGAAAAGUAAUCGAAGAUGAGCUAUAUAAAUUAGGGAGAGAGCUGGAGUUUGAGCAUGCUGUUCACUCAUUUAUCCUGGAUAUCGAUGACGAGUUGGUUGCAGAUUGUUUCACUGAGGCAGAACUUCGUGAGAUAGAGCUCACACCUAUCCCAGAAGUUCCCGAACUCUCAGAUGAA